CCCCCUUUUUCUGGGGGAUAUUACAUUCCUCACACCACCUGGGGGUCAUCCUCUCCCGAAAUGUAAUUCUGGGACCUCCACGGAAUACGAUUAAUCCAUCAAAUCUGGCUGGAUUAUGUGGCUGGCUCCCAUUUUAGUUUUAUCACUGUCACUGCAGGCUUCGGUUGGGUUACUUGAGGGAAAAGGGAGAAUUCAUCCUAGAAAUAACACCUCAACAACAGUGUACCCUUCAAAACGGAAGGAAGCCAAGCAGCCCGCAACGCCAUUUGACUUUCCGUCACAAGAUGAGAUUGAAAGGCUGAUUAGAGAAGAAGGAUUUUUCAUGGCAGUUCUAACAAAGCUUAUAGAACUUUUCUACGGAAUGUUGACGGCUCCGUUCCGUUGGGUGUUCCGUGUAUUUGAGCUGAUUGUAACCAUUCUGAAACUGGCGGCAGAAAGCUUCCGACAACUGAAACACCCGCCCAAUAAGAGAAGUUGAUGAAGUUAGACAAAGACAAGAAAAAAUCUAAGGGAAUAAUAAUCACCGUUGAAACACCACAUAUAGAAACUGAAAAUAUCAAAAUAAUCACUUUUGAAAAACCUUCGAAGAGUUCAACUAUAAAAUUUACCUUAUAACAUUUUUGCUGUCAACAAAAUUUACCUCUUUAAGUACAAAUAUA